UGACAAAAUCAUUUCAAAAUUCUUUUUUCUGUCAAUUGAUAUUGCAUAGGUAUUUUCUAUCAGCAAUGCCAGGGAACAUUAACUGACCUACAACCCCCUUCUCCUUUAUUGGACGCGGCCAUCAUUGAACCACUGGGGCGUUACAUCACAUCGGCUAGUCAAAUUGUACAGUUGUUGACCAUGUCGUAGACCCUGAAGUGUGAGGUGCCUGGUAAACAAGGAUAUGUGCUAGUACCCACCACCCUCGCCUGUUACGGUCGUGGCAAACUCUUUGUAAUUCGUGUUUUAAUCGGUUUUCCUGUGACGAACCUUCGAUCGAUGAGAACGGCCCUUGAGCUGGUCAGUUUUGGAUAUUCUGAUAUCUUUCAUCGGUGUAAACAACCACGAUCUUGAAUCUUCACCUUGGACGGACUGUGUGUUUUUAGAAUGGACAUUCGUUUGGGUUGUGACAAAAAUGAGUUUGUUGACGGAAUGAAUCGAGGAUUCAUGCCAUACUUUCCGCCUGCCAUGAUCCAACAUUCGCAGACAUCAUCGUUCGUUUUACCGGAGUACAAGCAAGUGUUACCACAGAGAUCCUCUCAGAGGGAGGAAAGUAGCAAUGAAGAUGGGACAGCUCACUACUCCGGUCUUUCUGCUGUGUCCAAACCCAGUCCGGAAAACUCCAUGCCCUCCCCAUCCAGCGCGACGUCAUCUUCAUCGCCGGCGUCGUCACAAGCCUCGUCUGACGCCGGGGGUAGUGACGGUGCCGGGGGGAAUAAGAGAAAAGGAACACCGUACAUCCCGAGUUAUAUGGACCUGACCAAUGGACCAGAACCUUGUGUUGUGUGUGGCGACGCCGCCACUGGCUACCACUAUCGCUGUAUGACCUGCGAAGGUUGCAAGGGAUUUUUCCGCCGCACUAUACAGAAAAACCUCCAGUACCAUUGCAAGUGGAACAAAAUGUGUUCGAUCGAUAAGAAUUCUCGUAACCAGUGCCAAGAGUGUAGAUUUAGAAAAUGCUUAAAUGUUGGCAUGGCAACGGAUCUUGUAUUAAAUGAGAAGCAAAGGAAAGCUAAGAGAAAACUGAUAGAAGAAAACAGAGAAAAACGAAAACAAGACAACGUUAAAGUUAAACCGAAACCUAUGGAGGCAUGUAACCAUGAUAGCCUGACAGAAACCGACAAAACAAUCAUAACGGAAGUGACGUCAGCGUAUGAACAGACUGCUGUCAAAGUGCCAAUCAAAGAACCCGUUAGCCAGGAUGACUUAAUUUCCUCCGACCCCGAAGCUUGGCAGCAGUUGGCAGAAGCCAUGACACCCUCUAUUGUAAAGGUUGUGGAGUUUGCCAAAAACGUACCGGGAUUUAUCCAAUUGUUCGUGGACGACCAAAUCCUGUUGCUGAAGUCUUGUUGCAUGGAGAUCAUGUGUCUGCGAGCAGCCUGCCGGUACGACCCAGAAAAGGAGACCAUCACUAUGCAUAAUGGCGUCUGUCUACACAAAUCACAGCUCAAAUCUGAGGGGCUGGGCCUUCUUGUCGAACCAAUAUUUGAGUUCGCUGUUGGUUUGUCCAAACUCAAGUUGGACAAAACAGAACUUGCGUUGCUUGCAGCUGUGUUGUUGAUGCAAUCAGAUCGCUCAGGGUUAAAGGAACCGGAAGCUGUGGAGAAACUCCAGGAUUCCAUUCUCGGAGCGUUUAAGCGUUACAUAGCAACCAAGCGCCCGCACCAGCCCGUACACUGGGCAAAGAUUCUGAUGAAAGUGACAGACCUCCGUACUAUCAGCACCCGCCAUGCCGAGCGUGUUUUGUGUAUCCGGCUUGAUCACCAAGGUGAUAUUCCUCCGCAGCUCCUGGACUUGUUUAACGAGGGACAGACAUAUUAUAGCUGAAGUCAGGGAUUGUGGACAUAAUAUUUAUAUAGCUAGAGAUACUGUUUUACGGUUCACAGGUGCUGUAUAUAAAUGUGUAUAGUAUUAUUCAAUGCUGUAAGCAACUCGCAUGCUAUGACAGAAAUCCUUAAGGCGUAUUAGCAAGUUUUGUCUCUACAGUUACUUGGUAAUGGCGCUGUGAUGGUAGUGAGUGUAGCUUUUCCGUGUCUACUGCUGCCAUAGGUUGUACCGUCAUUGGGAAAUUGCACGCUGUAUAAUUCUGGAUAUCUCCUCGAUGCAAGAGGGCAUAAUAAUUGUAAUUGAAGUGAAUAGAACUGCUGAUUAAUGAAGGGGUGGGUGGGGCGGGGUAACAUUAUGCAGUUUCAAGAAUGAUCUUUCAUAAAGGUUUUUUAUUGUAACCUUAAGACUGAAUUCUGAUUUUAGUGCAAGCAGUAAGUAGUGUCUAUUAGUUAGUGCUAAUAUUCCCAGAAUGUAAAUAAGGAAAAAGUAGACAGCCCCAUGUGCAGAAACUGACCGAGUGUGUACAGAGAAAUACGGGUUUUGUGUUGUUGAUCAAUGUUUCCCCUUAGAUAUUACCUCAAGCUGAUUUGGUAUCAUUGUUGUACUCUGUUUUAUAUUGUAUACUGAUUGUUUUCCCUCAAUACACUUGCUUAGCUUAGGGUCGGUGUAUAUUGCUAAGCUUUGUUAUGUUGAUCCUGUCAAUCCCUAUUAUUUUGUGAUAUCGUGCAAGUUGUAAGUUGUAAACCGGAAGUUGUAUAAGUUCCUGAGUAUAGACGCACGCAUCAACAAAUACAAAUUUUGUAUAGUAUCCCGGUUUUCACUCAUUGAUGUUAAAUAUAAAUCCCGGCGAAGUUGUUCUCUAUACCUCACUACCUCAUUGUUUUGGAAUUUUUUAAAGAGAAAGUAUUGAAUCAGUGAUUACUUUGUUUUUCAGGAAUUUCGAUAACUUGUGAUUGUUUGUGAUUUUGAAGAAUUUAGAAGAAUCUUUUUAGUUAUCGUUAUCAAAAUUAUGAAUUGUAUGUAAUUCACAAUUCCAUUACACUGUUUUUACAGAAAUUAAUGCUUGAUCGUUUUAUAAUAUGUAAAGCUGUUGAUGUAUUUAUUCACAAAAACCGGUGGAACCUGUUCUUCUCGCAGGCUUUUAGUAGAUUCCUCUGUUUGAUCACGUGUUAGGAGCCAGCACUGCCUUCGUCUCUGGGUUUUCAAUGGUGAACUGCUGUUGAAUAAAAUUUGCUUAUGUAUGGCCUCGAAAUCUUUUGUUUAUGAAUUAAUAUUAUUUUUAUCUUACGAACAAUAAAUAUGUAAAUUGA